UCUUGUCAUAUAAUCUCCUCGAAGCAAAGAACCACUGUUCAUCUCUCUCCUACGACUCACUCACAACAAAUAAAUAUCACAAAACAAACUAGAAUAGAAUAACCUUGUUCUCAUUGAUUGAUUCCAUCACACGGAACAAACAAACAAACAAACCUUCUUCCAAUUCCAAUUCCAAACCCAGUUCUCAUUCAUCUUCCUCCAAACUCCAAUUCAACCAUGCAACAAGGUGAUUACAGUUCCGCUCCAUAUUACCAAUUCCCUCAUCUCCAAAACCCUAAUCCCAUUCCCAGUAGUAACCCUAACCCUUCCGAUCCACUCCCCAAUCCUUACGCUUCUGCUCCUCCUUUCACUCCCAAUUACGCCGCUCCUUCCUCCGAUUACCCUUCUUCCUACCCCUCUUACCCCCCAAACCCCGAUCCAAUUCCACCCACUGCUCCUCCUUCUUACCCUCCUCAAUCAUACAAUCCUCCUCCCUACGAAUCAAUCCCAUCCUACCAACAACCACCCUAUUACCCCCCUUACGAUCAAAACUACGCCCCUCCUCCAAACCCUAUUCCCAAUUCAACCUCCUCUUUGUACAACCACGGCGGAUCGUCACUCCCGCCGAUUCCAGCCUACGAAACCCCCUAUGAGAAUCCGGUGAAAUCCGAUUACGGCGGUGGCGGUGCUUAUUUCGAUGACAGGUACGGGAGUUUCAAUCGGACUCGCUCUGACCCGGGAUCCGAUCUUUACGGGAAGCGCCACGAUGGCGGUGGUGGUGAUGAUGGUUUUGGAGAUGGGGUGUAUGCUUAUGAAGGGGGCAAGGUGGAACCCUAUGGGGCGCGGGGGACUGCUCCGAAAUCGUCGACUUGGUCUUCGUUUGAUGAUUAUGGGAGGUCGAUUAGUGUUCCCUCUCCGAAGGAAUCGUCUCCGGCGAGUAAGAUUGUGAAAGCUGUGCCCAAGGUUGAUGUUCAGGAAGAUGUGAGAAGUGCGGUGCAGAAAUUUCGGGUCAAGAUGUUGGCUGAAAGUGUUGGUCAGGGCACUAUGGAUGUUCUCUGUCAGGUUAGUUUGGAUGGAAUUCGCAUGCUGGAUCCAAAUACCAAUCGGAUAUUGAGAAUAUAUUCUCUUGAGAACAUAACAAGAUGUGAUAAAUUCGAUUCAUCUACCUUUGCAUUUUGGUCAAAAAGCCCUGUGGACAUUGAGCCAAGGAGAAUCAGAUUGCAAUCUAAUAGUUACACCACUAACACACUUUUGGAUACUGUCACUGCUGCAACCAUACAGUUCAAGGAAAUGGGUGGAAGCAGGAGGCCUGUUGAAUCAUUGAAAGCAAAUGAACAGCCUGCAGACAGAAAGAAAGGCUUAGGCGAUUGGAUGAAUCUGAUUAAACCUGCCAAUGAAGAGAAGGAUCAUUGGGUCCCAGAUGAAGCAGUCUCAAAAUGUACAGCAUGUGGUGCUGAUUUUGGGGCUUUUAUUCGCAGGCAUCACUGUAGGAACUGUGGUGAUAUUUUCUGUGACAAAUGCACACAUGGUAGGAUUGCUCUAACUGCGGAGGAGAAUGCUCAGCCAGUACGAGUUUGUGACCGUUGCAUGGCAGAAGUUACUCAGAGGCUGAGUAGUGCUAAAGAGGCAUCAAGUAAACCUGUUUUGCAGAGCCAUGAGGAUCUUGCCAGGAAACUUCAGGAGGAGCUGGAGAGAAAUCGAAAAUCAUCAGGUUCCAAGUCUGAUGGAUCUGGAAGACGGAUGAAGGAAGUUGCAUGUCCUAUCUGCACUGUCCAUCUGCAGGUUCAGGUGCCUAGCUCAGGUUCGGAGACCAUUGAGUGUGGAGUUUGCCAGCACCCAUUUCUUGUGAGUUCCUAUUGAGCUCUGAUAAACCCAGAUGAAGGUGUCUAUAUGGGUCGACUUUAAAUUUCAAUUGCUUUACUCAUCUAUCUAUUGCGCGUUAAUAAUCAAUGAUUUGAGAUUGCCUGCUGUUUAUUUUAUCUUUGGCUUACUUGCUAAAGCCUUUUAUUGUUUUCAUCUUUUGUCACCUGAGCUUGGUGUUUAUGAAUAGUUGUUUUAUCUUUUUAUCUUCUUGGAAAGGUACUCUAAUUCGAUUGUCCUCUUGUAUAAAAUAGAUGCCGAACUUGUACAUGUAUAGCUAUGCGAAAGUCAUUAUGGUUUCAGACAAUUUAAGGGCUGAAUAUACUGUUUAGAUUUGAGUUUUAAAA